AUGGUUGUGGCAGCCCCUUCCCCCAGGGCAUUGAGGGGAAGCGCAUCCUUGACCUGGUGGGUGGGCGGGCGGGCCCCGCAGCGGCGGCAGCGGCGUCGGCGCGAGCGGCGGGGCCGCACCUUGGGAUCUGACAAAGUCUUUGCGAACACGAACGCGGCGGCGCAGGGGGCCGCAAGGAGGGGCGCGCCGCCGCCGGCUCUGCCUCGCGGCCGCGCGGCCCGCUCGGGCGCAGCCCCGCCCCCGACCGGCGCCGCGGCAGGGGGCUGUGGCACGGGGCGCGACUGCUACGUGUGCUCCGCCCUGGUCGGGGAGAAGGGCUUCGUAACCGGCAUCGACAUGACCGACGCGCAGCUGGACGUGGCCCGGCGCCACGCGGACGCGUGGGCGCGCGAGCUCGGCUAUGCUGAGCCCAACACUCGGUUCGUGAAGGGCCGCAUCGAGUACCUGGACGAGGCGGAGCUGCCGGACGGCAGCGUGGAUGUGGUCAUCUCGAACUGCGUGAUCAACCUGUCGCCCGAGAAGGCGCGCUGCCUGGAGGAGGUGUACCGCGUGCUGGCCCCAGGCGGGGAGAUGUUCUUCUCCGACGUGUACUGCGACCGCCGGCUGCCGGAGGCGGCGCAGAAGCACUACGUGGCGGUGGGCGAGUGCCUGGGCGGCGCCCUGUAUGUCAACGAUUUCAUCACGCUCUGCCGCAAGGUGGGCUUCCACGACCCGAGGGUGCUGAGUGUCGAGCCCAUUGAUGUUCAUGAUGCCAAGCUGCUGGAGGUGCUGGGGGGCGCCAAGUUCUUCAGCAUCACAUUCAGGUGGGGGUAA